AUGUCACAAGCAUCUGGUAGAACUAUCUGCAUUACAUGUGGCAAAGAAAAAGCUACAUUUAGAUGUGGUGGAUGUUCGCAAGAAUUUUGUUUUAAUCAUUUGGGAGAUCAUAAACAAGAAUUGAGUAAACAAUUCGAUGAAGUUGAACUUAAUCGUGAUCUCUUUCGACAAACACUUACUGAUCAAACAGAUAAACCUCAAAAACAUCCAUUAAUACAACAAAUUGAUACAUGGGAACGUGAUUCAAUCAAUAAAAUUCGACAAAAAGCAGAAGAAGCAAGGCAAGUAGUACUUACACAUAUUAAUGAGUCUAUUAGACAAAUUGAAAGCAGAUUAAAUCAAUUGACUGAUCAAUUACGACAAAGUCGUGAAGAAAAUGAUUUUUUUGAAACAGAUUUGCAGCGAUGGAAUGAUGAUUUGACUCAAUUGAAAGAAGAACUUACUAAACCAUCAAAUAUCAAUCUUCGCCAAGAUGCUACACCACUUAUUACUAGAAUUUCAAUUGAUGUCACAUCCUGUAAAUCUGCAUCCUUAAAUGAACUGAAAAUUGGUGUCAGUGCAAGAUGGGCACAAAAUGGGAUCACAGUUGCUGGAGGCUAUGAUCGUGGCAAUGGAUUAAAUCAAUUGUCAAACCCAUGGGGCUUAUGUGUUGAUGAUGAUCAGACUGUGUAUGUGACUGACUAUUCGAAUUAUCGUAUUAUGGAAUGGAAGUGUAACUCGACUAGUGGCGAAGUAGUUGCGGGUGGAAAUGGAUUAGGAAAUUCCACAGAUCAGUUGAAUGGUCCAACAGAUGUGAUUGUUGAUAGAGAGAGCGACUGUCUUAUUAUUUGCGAUUUUGGUAACAGGCGAGUAGUGCGAUGGCCUCGUCGAAAGAGCACAUUUGGAGAAACAAUCAUCCAAAACGUUGGUUGUUGGGGUCUAGCGAUGGACAACGAUAGAUAUCUCUAUGUGGGAGACUACAAUAAACAUGAAGUGAGACGAUUGAAACUAGGAGAGACUAGUGGAAUAAUAGUAGCUGGUGGAAAUGGAGAAGGUGUUCGUCUUGAUCAACUUAGUGGCCGUUCUUACGUUUUCGUCGACGAGGAUCAGUCAGUAUACGUAUCGGAUGAGAACAAUCAUCGUGUAAUGAAAUGGAUGAAAGGUGCAAGGGAAGGUAUUGUCGUCGCUGGUGGUAACAGUUCAGGAAAUAGUCUAACACAAUUGUCGAGUCCCAAAGGAAUGACCGUUGAUCAGUUGGGCACUAUCUAUAUAGCUGACUCAAGUAAUCAUCGAAUAAUGCGUUGGCUUCAAGGAGCUAGACAGGGUAGUAUUGUCGUUGGUGGAAAUGGUAAAGGAAUAGAAGCAAAUCAACUCUGCUAUCCCAUAGGUUUAACAUUUGAUCGACAAGGCAAUUUAUAUGUUGUCGACAAUGGAAAUUACCGAGUACAACGAUUUAAUAUAGACUCAAGCUCAAAUUCAUGA